GAAAAAAAAUAUUUUCUGGAUUUUUAGCCAUUCGCCCCCUUCUCGUUCCUCUCUCUCUCUCUCUCUCUCUCCUAGGGUUUCUGAGCGGCGCUCUUACUCUUCUCAAUCGGAGACUGUAAACUCUCUCCAAAGUCGUCAUUAAUAGAAUUCGAGACUCAGAUACAGCAUGGCAAUGGAAGUCACCCAGGUUCUUUUGAAUGCACAAUCGGUGGAUGGAGCUGUCCGGAAGCAUGCAGAAGAAAGUUUGAAACAGUUUCAGGAGCAAAAUCUUCCAGGUUUCCUGUUAUCUCUUUCGGGAGAGCUUGCUAACAACGAGAAGCCUGUAGAUAGUCGUAAAUUAGCUGGUUUGGUCCUUAAGAAUGCCUUAGAUGCUAAGGAACAACAUAGAAAGUUAGAGCUUGUUCAAAGAUGGUUGUCAUUAGACGUGGCUGUAAGGAGCCAGAUUAAGGCAUGCCUUCUGCAGACCCUUUCUUCUCCUGUGUCUGAUGCUCGGUCAACUGCAUCACAAGUCAUUGCUAAGGUAGCAGGCAUUGAGUUGCCACAGAAGCAGUGGCCUGAACUAAUAGGUUCACUCUUGUCAAACAUCCACCAGCUUCCGGUUCAUGUCAAGCAAGCCACUUUAGAAACUCUGGGGUACUUGUGUGAAGAAGUUUCUCCAGAUAUUGUAGAUCAAGAUCAAGUAAAUAAAAUACUUACAGCUGUGGUUCAGGGUAUGAGUGCAUCGGAAGGGAACAAUGACGUUAGGCUUGCUGCUACCCAAGCAUUAUAUAAUGCUCUGAGCUUCGCCCAGGCAAAUUUUAGCAAUGAUAUGGAACGUGAUUAUAUCAUGCGAGUUGUAUGUGAGACUACACUAUCCCCAGAAGUGAAGAUUCGGCAGGCAGCUUUUGAGUGUUUGGUCUCAAUUUCUUCAACUUAUUACGAGAAAUUAGCUCAUUACAUACAGGACAUCUUUAACAUCACAGCAAAGGCGGUGAGGGAAGAUGAGGAACCUGUGGCUCUUCAAGCUAUUGAAUUCUGGAGCUCAGUCUGUGAUGAGGAGAUAGAUAUAUUAGAAGAAUAUGGGGGUGACUUCACUGGGGACUCUGACAUUCCCUGCUUUUAUUUCAUCAAGCAAGCGCUCCCUGCUCUUGUUCCUAUGCUGUUGGAGACACUUCUUAAGCAGGAGGAGGAUCAGGAUCAGGAUGAAGGGGUUUGGAAUCUUGCCAUGGCUGGUGGCACGUGCUUGGGUUUGGUGGCAAGAACUGUCGGAGAUGAUAUUGUCCCACUUGUAAUUCCAUUCAUUGAGGAGAACAUAACCAAACCUGAUUGGAGGCAAAGGGAGGCAGCCACUUAUGCAUUUGGUUCCAUCUUGGAGGGUCCAUCACCUGACAAAUUAGUACCUAUUGUUAAUGUUGCUCUAAAUUUCAUGCUCACUGCUUUAACAAAUGAUCCAAAUAGCCAUGUCAAGGACACAACGGCUUGGACCCUUGGAAGAAUAUUUGAAUUCCUACAUGGUUCGACUAUGGAGACGCCCAUAAUUACUCAAGCGAACUGUCAACAGAUUGUCACUGUUCUGCUUCAGAGCAUGAAGGAUGGCCCAAAUGUUGCUGAGAAGGCCUGCGGUGCUCUCUAUUUCCUCGCUCAAGGUUAUGAGGAUGUGGGUUCUAACUCUCCCCUAACUCCUCAUUUCCAGGAAAUUGUUCAGUCUCUUCUCACUGUUACUCACAGGGAAGACGCUGGGGAAUCACGAUUAAUAACUGCUGCAUAUGAGACCUUGAAUGAAGUGGUGCGGUGUUCAACUGAUGAAACAGUGCCCAUGGUGUUGCAACUAGUUCCCGUCAUCAUGAUGGAGCUUCACCAGACUCUCGAAUCACAAAAGCUUUCAUCUGAUGAGAGGGAGAAGCAGAAUGAGUUACAAGGGCUUCUUUGUGGGUGCUUACAAGUUAUUAUUCAGAAGCUAGGGUCAUUAGAGCCAAUUAAGUUUACGUUCAUGCAGUUUGCCGAUCAGAUCAUGAAUCUUUUCCUUAGGGUUUUUGCUUGUAGAAGUGCCACUGUGCAUGAGGAAGCAAUGCUUGCCAUUGGAGCCCUUGCAUACGCAACUGGUCCAGACUUCGUGAAAUACAUGCCGGAAUUUUACAAAUAUUUGGAAAUGGGUCUCCAGAAUUUUGAGGAGUACCAAGUCUGUGCCGUGACCGUUGGUGUGGUGGGUGAUAUAUGCAGGGCAUUGGAGGAUAAGGUUUUGCCUUACUGUGAUGGAAUUAUGACCCAGCUUCUUAAAGACUUAUCAAGCAACCAGUUGCACCGAUCUGUGAAGCCUCCCAUUUUUUCAUGCUUUGGUGACAUAGCCCUGGCUGUAGGAGAAAAUUUCGAGAAAUACUUGAUGUACGCCAUGCCAAUGCUUCAGAGUGCAGCAGAGUUGUCUGCCCACACAUCAGGUGCCGAUGAUGAAAUGGCAGAGUACACAAAUCUUCUGAGAAAUGGGAUUUUGGAGGCAUAUUCUGGUAUUUUUCAAGGCUUCAAAAAUUCUCCGAAAACUCAGCUGUUGAUUCCUUAUGCACCUCACAUCCUUCAGUUCCUGGAUAGCAUCUACAUGGAGAAAGACAUGGAUGAUGUGGUGAUGAAAACUGCCAUUGGGGUCCUCGGAGAUUUAGCAGAUACCUUGGGAAGUAAUGCUGGUUCCUUGAUUCAGCAAUCUUUGUCAAGCAAAGACUUUUUAAACGAAUGCUUGUCGUCGGAGGACCAUUUGAUUAAAGAAUCUGCCGAAUGGGCCAAGUUGGCAAUUACCCGUGCAAUUUCAGUUUGAUGCUACUGCGACUUGGUCGGUAUAUACUUUUCCUUUUUACAAGUCCCUGCAUAUGCAUAUGGUUGUGUCGAGUCAGGGUCCAUGAGUUGCAUGUUCACCGCGUCAUCACAGGUCAUCAUCGCCAUUGUCAGACAACAGAGAAGUAACUGAUCUUCAAGUUGUCACUAACUUCUGCAUCAGCACCAUGAGUUCACUAACUUUUGCAUCGGCACCGUGGGUUCGGGUUUCCAUUUAUCAGAGAGGUGGAAGUGGGGCGGUGACAGGUCCUCGGAAAUGGGUUUGAGUCCUCCACCGUGAAGUAAACCAUGUAUCUGUAUUGGAGGAUUGGGGGGUUGUUUGGCAGGUGUUGUUUUGAUAUGCUGAAUAGAGAUAACUUGAGCUGCUUGGUCAUUAUUCUUCAUUGGUGGUUGUUAUUGUUGAGAUGCCAUCUUGAGAGAAAUACCCCAUAACCACCUUGGUGAUGCCGUCUUCUCCAUGAGAUGUAAUGUUUUUUGUUUGUGUUUUUGUUUUUGUUUUUGUUUUUUUGGGUCAGCAAGGUUACAUAGUGUAUUGUAAUUUACUUGUUUGCAUAUUCAUUUGUGAGAUUGCACCUUACCUUUUGAGACGAUGAAGCCAUACUCGUUGAAACAAAUUUUUUUUGGGUUAAGAAAUUACUGUUUCAAGUAGAUUGAUUCCGACAGUUGAAGCUGCUAAUUUGAUCAGACAUACAAUCUAGAAUUGUGGAGUAGACGGGUAUGGUAAAAUAUAGUAUGAUGUGUGUGCGUGUUUUUUGUGACUGGGUAUCUGGUACAGUUUGUGUACAUCUCGACUGAUCCGAUGAUUUUAAAAUUAAUGACUGGGCAAACCUCAA